UGAGAAAUUGUGUAUUUUGAAUCAUCGAGGAUGAUUGUGAUCCAGAACGCGGGGCCCAGUUCCCCAGCUAGGAUCAGGAGGCCGGUGUUGAAAAGGACCGUGUGGGGGGUCCUCUUGGCGCUGAUGGUCCUCAUCUAUGGCUCUCAUGCGCCACUCCUCACCCUCACCAAGGUGGACGGUCACGUCCCUUUCAGCGCCUCGUCAUGCGUCGUAAUGAUCGAGCUACUCAAGCUCCUGAUCUCUCUGGUGACUCUGGUUUCAACUGGGGGAACAUCCGCCUUACUCGCGGCUCCAUCUUUGGCCCGUGUGGCCCCCUACGCGGCCCCUGCCGUGCUCUACGCCCUCAACAACAACCUGGUAGUUGUCAUGCAGGCUUACAUGGACCCAAGCUCAUACCAGGUCCUCUCUAACUUGAAAAUUGCCUCCACGGCCCUGUUGUACUCGCUGUGCUUGGGCAAGCGGCUGCGGCCUUCUCAGUGGUUGGCCGUGGGGCUCCUCGUGAGUGCAGGGGUGUGUCACAGCUACAGCAGCCUGGAUGCAGGGGACCCUGCGAGGGCCGAUGACGGCCCCGGGCUCCGCGUCACCGCUUGGGGGCUUUUCCUUGUGCUGGUUUACUGCUGUGUUUCGGGACUGGCGGCGGUUUACACAGAGCGGGUCCUUAAGGGCCAGAAGCUUCCCCUCAGCUUGCAGAAUCUCUACCUCUACGGGUUUGGUGUGGCUGUCAACGGCGUCUCCUCCUCCCUCUCCUUCGUAGCAGGGGAGAAGGGCUUUCUGGAGGGAUACUCUGGGGUGGUUUGGGCCGUUAUAGCCGGGCAGGCAGCUAACGGACUCCUGAUGUCCGUGGUGCUCAAGCACGGCAGCGGGAUCACCAGACUGUUUGUCAUUUCCUGCUCCAUGCUGGUUAACGCUCUGUUGUCUUGGGCCGUCUUGGGGCUGCAGCUCACGCCUUUUUUCCUCCUUCCGGUGUCUAUGAUUGGAUUGGCGGCUUUCAUGUACUACAGGUAGUUAAUAAUGGAACCGCAAGGCCCAUUACAGAAUGUACAUUUGUUUUCUAGGUUUUUUUUAGAUGUGAUUUGUUUUCAGCCUUCUACAUCUCGCCGGCCUUCUGAAAUCUGGCGCGUAUUUGUAUUUGUGAAAAAAUACCACAUCAUGUGGGAACAUUUGUCAGCCGAGCCCUGGUGUGGUGAUUUAGCAAUUUUUAAAUUGAAUUCACAAUUUCCUCUCACUCUCAAGUAAAUACCAAUAAAUCUGAAUUAUUAUAUCUUCAGUAAAGAAAUCCUGAAGACUGCUGCUAGCGUAAUUAUUUUAUUUCAUUCUAUGCCAAGAACAAUGUCGAAGUCCAAAUAAAGUGUGUUCAUGAAAACCA